AUGGUGGCGGUCAAGUGUCGAUGUUUCCAAGAGAGUGUUAGCUUCGGAGAUGAUAUCUCUCUGUUGGCAAUGUCGAAAGUUGUUUUCAACAAAGACAGGACAGCACUAAAACUGUUCUCCACGAAACUGAAGGAUGAAGGGAAGUACGUAUGCAUUGUCGAAAACUCAGCUGGAAGGGCUGUAAAAGUAACGCAACUCUAUGUGAACGAUUGCACAGAAACGUGGACAAGAAAGAACUCCGAACAGUAA